GCGGGAGGCUCCGGCAGUAGCGCCGGACAGGCGGGAGGCUCCGGCAGCGGCGCCGGACAGGCGAGAGGCUCCGGCAGCGGCGCCGGACAGGCGGGAGGCUCCGGACAGGCGGGAGGCUCCGGCAGCGGCGCCGGACAGGCGGGAGGCUCCGGCAGCGGCGCCGGACAGGCGGGAGGCUCCGGCAGCGGCGCCGGACAGGCGGGAGCACCUGCAGAGAGGAGACAGAGAGACAGCCUGGUGCGUGGAGCUGCUACAGGAGGCAGCGGCGCCGGACAGGCGGGACGCUCCAGCAGCGGCGCCGGACAGGCGGGAGGCUCCGGCAGCGGCGCCGGACAGGCGGGAGGCUCCGGCAGUGGCGCCGGACAGGCGGGAGGCUCCGGCAGCGGCGCCGGACAGGCGGGAGGCUCCGGCAGCGGCGCCGGACAGGCGGGAGGCUCCGGACAGGCGGGAGGCUCCGGCAGCGGCGCCGGACAGGCGGGAGGCUCCGGCAGCGGCGCCGGACAGGCGGGAGCACCUGCAGGGAGGAGACUGAGAGACAGCCUGGUGCGUGGGGCUGCCACAGGAACUACCAGGCUGGGGAGACUUUCAGGAGGCUUGGUGUUAGGAGGAGCCUGAAAGACCGGGCUGUGGGGGAGCACUGGAGCUCUGGUGCGCAACCUUGGCACCACUUCCCCAGGCUGGACAACUACUCGAGCCCGGACCCUCAAGAGUGCAGGCACAGGUUG